GAGAGGUAGACUUUCAGUUCUAGCCUACGGACACACAGUGAAACAGUAGACGUACCCUUAUGCAUUUUUAACAGCUCAGCAGGUGAUGGGAACAGUUUGGUUGGGACAGUUUGUCCACAGAUAGAGUGACCAAGUGAUCAGGUGAGUCCGAACUGCUCUAUUUAUUUGCUAAUGCUACUAUAUUUGUCAGGCAUUAUUUGCAAACUAACUUUGUUUGCGAGAUUUUACGCCUUUGCCUCCACUAAACGGCAACGCAAAGUGUAGAUUUGACCACGAUAAGAUCUUGGGAACAUACCUUGCUCGUGACAUUGGCAUGUUCUGUUAUACAGGUUAUAUAAUUGAGUCUUUUAAGUAAGUUCAGCCUAGUUUUACAGCUUCAUCAAUGGACACUUCUUCUGUUUGUAACUAUGUGCUCUCAAGAAGAUGCAGUAUGAUGAUGUAUGGAUUCACUGAGGUCUCUGUCAGACCACAACUUUCUGAGCUGUUCUGGGUGCUGUAAUUACCAGAGAGAAUUGUGAGCCAGUGUGGAUCAACUCAGUCUAUUCAAGACAAGGAUUUACCUUAAGGAGAUGCCCAUUCACAAAUUAAUCCUGUUCUUUUGCCCUCAGUUGUGAAUGACGUCAUCAAUCCUUCGUCAUUUUCCUGGAAGAAAAGGAUAGCACUCCGUCGUACUACAUUCUCUGAAAAAGGGGACGCUCUCUCUCCUUCAGACGGCCCAUGUGCUCACCUUUGACCCUGCGUGUGAAAACGCUGAGGUGGUGCAUAUUACUCAAACCACCUGGCUUGCAUUUUCUUUCAAAAACUCUGUCUCAGAAUCCCUUUUGGUAGACACCUGUGAGGUUUACCAGUAAGGAAAAAACAAGGAUGCCUGGAGCUAGUGGUGUCAACGUGGAGGGGUCUUGUGAGGCCCUGUGUCGAACCCUGGUGUCUCAGAACGGCCUCCAGAGAGAGACGGCGGACAUCUCCCAGUCUGUCCUCUACACCUCAUUGAUGGGCCUGCUUCUGGUCACUGACAAUGAGAAGGAGGAGGUCAGCAUAGGAAGUGGAAGGGUUGGCCUUAGAAACAUAGGAAACACAUGUUUCCUGAAUGCAGUGGUCCAGUGUUUGUCUCACACGCGUGGCCUACGGGACUACUGCCUCCUCAAGUCCUACAGGCCAGAGAAGUUCUCCAAGGAGGACGCUAAGCUCAUGGAGGCUUUCUCUCAGGUGCUGUCGGGCCUUUGGGAUGUAAAUGAAGGAGACACAGUUGUAAAUCCACGACAGUUUUACAGUAUUUUUAAAGAAGCUGUGCCUCAUUUCAGUGGUUACAGUCAACAGGAUGCACAGGAGUUUCUCAGGUUCCUGUUGGACAAACUGCACACAGAAAUCAACCGCAGACCCUACGUACGACGAACAGGGAAGGAGCCCGAGCAGAAAUAUGCCAGAUUUAGACUCUCAGAGGAGGCAGUUGCCAUGUGGAAGAAGCACUUAGAGAGAGAUGACAGCAGAAUAGUAGACCUGUUCUCGGGCCAGCUGCGGAGCUCGCUUCAUUGCUCUGUGUGCUCCCACUACUCCAACACGUUUGAUGUGUUCUGUGAUCUGUCGCUGCCCAUCCCCAAGAGGAGCUCUGGAGGGGAGGUGACGCUGAGGGAGUGUCUGGACCUUUUUUCUCAGGAGGAGAAACUGGACAAGGAGAAUUCACCAAUGUGUGAGAGGUGUAACAGGCGUACAGAGUGCACCAAGCGGCUGUCCAUCCAGAGGUUUCCCCAGGUUAUUGUGAUCCAUCUGAAUCGUUUUACGACAUCACGGUGGUCUAUCAGUAAGAGCACGGUGUAUGUGUCCUUCCCGCUCACUAACCUGGACCUCGGACCUUACGGACCUGUCGACUGCGGCCCAGUUCUGUAUGAUUUAUAUGCAAUAUGUAACCAUGCUGGGACGGUGAACAUGGGCCACUACACAGCUUGCUGUUCAGAUGAAAAUGGUUGGUGCUUCUACAAUGACUCCAGUGUGACUCCAGUCUCAGAGAACCAGCUUCAGACCAAUCAAGCCUAUGUGCUGUUCUACCGGCGCAGCAACAGCACCGCCACCGUCAGGAAGUAGACCUCAGACUGGCUGAGUCAGGCAGCCAAUCAGAGCAACUUUACCUCCAGUGUCCAUAGAAACAAAUGGAAGCAGCAGUGCUGUAACUCUGGCAUCUAUGAACUUCUCAGUCUCACUGAGUUGCCCUUAAACGAACUCUGAGGAGGAGGAGAGAGAGGCCAUGCCCACUUUAAGGGGGCUUGAGGAGGUGACACCCCCUUGGCUCCCUAAAUAAUGAAGAUGUUUUUGAAGGGUGUCAGUGAGAGACAGCUCAGACAGACUGUAGCCUUAAGAGUCUCUGUGUCCUAGUUCUCACACAGGAGUGAGUGAGCAGUGCACGAACACAUGAUACAGAGCUCCUAAUGUAAGAUAAUUGUGAUUCAUGCUUGCAAAAACAAACCGAAAGUAACUAAGUAAGUAAGUAAAUAAAUCUUGGCUGGAAUAGAAAUAAGGCAACAUUUCAUGACUCAAUUGCGAUAUAGGAAUCGUUCAAAUUCUCUGAUGACAUUUCAAGCUACAGUUUUCUGAAAAUAUACUUUAAUAUGUAAAUAUCUGUAGCCUGUGCUGGCUUUUUAUCUUAAUCUCCUUCCACAUGGACAGUUAACCCUGAAACUUGAAAAUAUAAAAAUUGACUAUAUUUUCUCUGAAUUUAUAUAUAUAUAUAUAUAUAUAUAUAUAUAUAUAUAUAUAUAUAUAUGUUCAUAAAUGUGUGUAUAUAUUUUUUAUUUUUACAUUUGUGUCUGUACAAAAUAUGUAAAAAUAUAUUGUACAUAUGGACAAAUUACACAGCUGAAUGUAUUGCAUUACUGAUAUCUGAAAUAAUCAAUA